UUGCAGUCUGUGCUGACGCUUUUGCUCAGAAUUGGUUUAAGCGCCCGCAACCUAAAACUGAAGCGUUCGGUAAAGACUGGAUGGAUGAGUUACAUUGUACUUAAUCACAUUUUCUACUCUUCUGUAGAUCAGUUUUCCUUUUAUUUAACGUAGAUCUGUGUUUAAUAUAAUGAUUUAUUUAAUUAAAAACCGUUUUAUGAGUUUCUAAAGUUAUGGAGGCGAAUCUAGUCACAUACGGUCUGCAAUAAUCCCUAGACAGUAAAUUCUAACGUUUAGUCACGUCAAUAUAUUACGUUCGUUGAUUAUUUCAACGUUUCACAGAAUUACUAGAGGUUUGAGAGCGAGGAUGAGAGUUUACGUGUUCGCUAAGCUCGUCUCAAGUAACCAACACCUCAGUCAUGAAGCUGGCAGUUCGGUCUCGUUUUAACGGAAGGAAUAGACGUAGGGAUACUAAAACGCGUGGAUAUGGACAGUCACGGGCUUCCUGGUGUACACGCCGUUGUAAACUACGACGCCUCCUUUUUUUAGAGCAACAGGGCGUCUCUGUUUCUCUGUCGCUGUCAAAUUACAUAAAGUACAAGUAGUGGAUUAGGCAGCACCUCUGCACAGGGAGCUCCCUUAAGGCUGCUGAGCCCGGGGCGACAAGAUGAGCGCCAGCGCAGCGCUUGAAUUUAAGGAGCUCGGAGGGGAACAGGAUUCGGACAGCGAGGACCUCGAUAGCUUGAAAGCGCUCACGGAGAAGCUGAAACUGCAGACUCGUCGACCUUCAUAUCUGGAGUGGGAGGCGAAAGUGCAGAGCCAGCCAUGGGUCGCCAGAGACAGAAAAGUCGGGCGUCCCGGGAGAGCGGACGGAGCGCAGAUCAGGAGGAGCGCCCUGGAGGAUCCGGAGGUGACAAUCCGAAACAUCUGCGGCUUCGAAACCAUAGAUCAUGCGCUGGACUGGUUACGGAAGGAGCUGAGAGCAAUGCAAGUACAGGACAACCAGCUUGCUCGGCAGCUGAUUAAACUGCGCAGCGAGAUCCACCGGCUCAAAGUGGAGCAGAUCUGCCAUCGGCACAAGGAAAUGCUGGAUGAUGCCACCUAUGGACUGGAGGAAUGUGAGGAAGACUCCGAUCUGCUGUGUGACAUCCCUCUCAAGGCUGCCUUUUCCCUCUCUACCCCCCUCAAACACAUUGGGGUCACUAAGAUGAACAUUAACUCUCGCAGGUUUUCCCUUUGCUGAUGCCAGGAAUGUCCAAGGAGGUCACGACGGUUUGUCAGAAUGACUGCCAAAGCAUUUUUAUUAUUCGAGUAUUCCCAGUGCCAGCACGCUAUGACAAUGAGAAGUCAAGGCUAAUGGACGUCUUGCAAGUUGCACCACUUUCAGCUCUUCUGAGCCCCUCAAGCUUUUAACUGCUUGUGGUUUCCCAUUUAUGUUUGGGUUCAUAUGACCAAAAUAGGAGGUAGUCCCUAUUUGUACUGUAUCAGUGAUUUUUGAGAUAUUUGUAUAUUAAUGAAUGAAAUGGCACUGUACAAAAAAGUAAAAGAAAUAUACCUUUAUUGAAAUAUGUAACUGUUGCAACUUUUCUACAUUGUGGUCUGAAUUAAAUAUCGGUAAACACUA